CAAGGCAUUUUCUUCUCUCAUUUGCUCCUUUCAGAAUUUCCAUUUACUGAAGCAAACCCCAACCCCACACUCAACUCUCCAAUAUUCUCUUCAUUUCUUUUUCUUUUUCCGUAAUAUAUAAUCACAAUGCCAUUGAUCAUUCCUACCCAUUACUCCAAAACCGCUCUACACCAAUGGCUAGUUCUAGUGUGCCGAAGAGGCCGCCGCCUCCGCCGCCACCGUUUGCUAGACUGAUGAGGAGUAGAGACCCAAGGAAUGAAUAUAACAUUCUUCCCUUUGACGGUUCACCAAUUAUGAAGCUUCCGGAGAUUGAGAUUGCGGUUGAAGCCGUUACUAAAAUGAAGAGUCUCAGUAGCCGAAAAAUUGAUGGUGUUGAUGAAAUAGACAUAUUUAGUUGGCUUUCUUCUCUUUUUGGGUUUCAGAAAGGGAACACAACAAAUCAGAGGGAGCACUUAAUAUUGCUACUGGCCAAUAUUUAUACAAGGAAGAAGGAUCUCAAGCGUUGUACUGAGGUUGAGGCACUUAAAGGGGCCAUAAAGCAAUCGAAACAAGAUUUUCUCAACAAUUAUGAAUUAUGGUGUAACUAUAUGCGUACCAAAUCAAAUAUCAGAGCAGAAGAGACAGAGCAGGAAUGUCUCAUUUAUGUUGCACUCUAUCUUCUUAUAUGGGGUGAAGCUUCAAAUAUUAGAUUCAUGCCUGAAUGCAUUUGUUACAUAUUCCAUAAAAUGGCGGACGAUGUUAAUCAAGUUUUUUCUGGAGAUAAGAUGAUCCAAAACCCAGAUGGAAGCUUUUUAAGCAAUGUUAUAAAACCUAUUUACGAGAUCCUAUCUAAGGAAGCAGGAAAAAACAAAGGCGGCAAAGCAAGCCAUUCUAGAUGGAGCAACUAUGAUGAUCUAAAUGAGUGCUUUUGGUCUGGAAAGUGCUCUUUGGAGCUACGUAAACAAAAAGAGAAGAUGCCAUUGCGAGCUGCACACGAGAUUCUAGAGAAAUUUACUGAUGGCUGGUGGAAGUCCAAAAUUAAUUUUGUUGAAGUCCGCACAUAUUGGCAGGUUUAUAGAAGUUUCGACCGAAUGUGGGUAUUCUUCAUAAUGGCUUUGCAGGCCAUGAUAAUUGUUGCAUGGACGCAAUCUGGGUCCACUUCUGCCAAUAAUGAAGUUGUCUUGAGAAGAGUGUUGAGCAUUUUCAUUACUUAUGCUAUUCUCAGUUUUUUUCGAGCUAUUCUGGACGUAAUUCUCAGUAUCCAUGCUUGGAGGAACUCUGAUCUUACCCAACCACUGCGCUACAUUCUGAAAUUGGUUGUGGCAGCUAUCUGGGCAGUAGUUUUGCCGGUAGGAUAUUCCACUUCUGUGAAGAAUCCAACAGGACCAUUGAAGUUCCUUAACCACUGGGCCAGAGAUUCACACAAUCAGUCAUUGUAUAAUUAUAUUCUUGUGCUUUAUAUGAUACCUGAUUUACUGGCUAUUAUGCUAUUCUUGCUUCCACGUCUGAGGGAAAAAAUGGAGCUAUCAGAUUGGCCAGUAAUUAAUAUUGUUAUGUGGUGGGCUCAGCCAAAACUUUAUGUUGGAAGAGGCAUGCAUGUGGGAACCUUUUCACUUCUAAAGUACACAAUAUUUUGGAUAUUGGUGCUAAGUGUCAAGCUAGCAUUCAGUUACUUUGUGGAGAUAUUGCCACUUAUUCGGCCAACAAAGGUAAUCAUGAAGAUACAGGUAGAAAACUACCGGUUGCAUAAGUUUGUUCCUAAUGUAAAGCACAAUAUGGGAGUCAUUAUAGCAAUAUGGUCUCCAAUCAUCCUAGUUUAUUUUAUGGAUGUUCAAGUAUGGUACACCAUCUUUUCUACUCUUCUAGGUGGAGUUCUAGGAGCUUUCAGGCACUUGGGUGAGAUUCGAACAAUCGGGAUGGUGCAUUCCAGAUUUGAAUCUAUCUCUUCUAAAUUUCGAAGCUGUUUUGUUCCACUACAUUCUGAUGCAGUGACAGAAACCUUGAGUACUUCAAAAGAACCAAAUGAGAAUGAAUAUUUUUGUUGCAUGUGGAAUGAGUUCAUACGUUCCAUGCGAAUGGAGGAUCUGAUUAGCAAUAGGGACAGAGAGUUGCUGCUUUUACCACCUCCACUGGCUAAUAAGCCUGGGGAUCAGUUGCCACUCUUCUUGCUAGCCAGUAAGAUUCCUGCUGCAAUAAACAUCGCAAAAGAGUUUAAGAGGAAGGAUCAUGCUGAGUUAGAAAAAUUUAUUGGGAGUGAUAAAUAUACUUGUGCAGCCAUACUAGACUGUUAUUACACACUGAAGAGUCUUAUAUUUUUACUUCUAAAAGAUGAAGAUGACAAGAAGAUUGUAGACGAGGUCUUCCAUGCUGCCAAUGGUAAGAAAUUGUUUUUGCAAAACUUCAACAUGAGUGGUAUGCCUUUGCUGGCUGUCAAGUUUGAGAAGUUCCUAAAGAUCUUGAUGGCUGAUUAUGGGGAUGAAGAAUUCAAGAGUAAAAUCACCACUGCCCUCCAGGAGAUCAUGUAUAUAAUACCUGAAAGUAUUGAUGAUAACUCUCCUCUCAAGGGAGCUCUGAAACGUGAUGAAAUCUCUCACAAGUUUAAAAACAUAAAUACUAGUGAUAUCAAAAAGAAUAUCUGGAGUGAAAAGGUAAAUAGGCUUCAUUUGCUUUUGACUUUCAAGGAAUCUGGCACAGAUGUGCCUCUGAAUUCAGAGGCUCGUCGUCGAAUCACAUUUUUUGUGAACUCCUUAUUUAUGAAUAUGAGAAGUGCACCAAAAGUCAGUAACAUGCGUUCCUUCAGUGUUUUGACUCCGCAUUACAAUGAAGAAGUUGUUUACUCUGAUGAAGAACUUAAUAAAGAAAAUGAGGAUGGGGUAUCAACUCUGUUUUACCUGAAGACAAUUUAUCCAGAUGAAUGGACCAAUUUCGAGGAGCGUAUGAAGGACAAACUGGAGGAGGAGAAGAAGGAGGAGCGUCGUAAAUGGGUGAGUUACAGAGGACAGACACUCUCUAGAUCAGUUAGAGGGAUGAUGUACUACAAGAAGGCUCUAGAACUGCAGUGCUCAAUGGAAUUUACUGAUUCUAUUUCAAACGAGGAGGAUUGCAUUCGGAAGCAAAAAUUACCUGAUUUGAAGUUCACCUAUAUCAUUUCUUGUCAGAUAUACGGAAAUCUCAAACGUUCAAAAGAUCCUCGUCAAAAGGAUAUUCUAAACCUCAUGAUAAUGUAUCCAUCACUACGUGUUGCUUACAUCGAUGAAGUAGAUGAGGCUUUGAAGGAAAAGACUGAGGGAAAAACUGAGAAAGUGUAUUACUCUGUUCUUAUCAAGGGUGAUACGAUCAAUUAUUCUGAAAGAGAAAUAUACCGUAUAAGACUUCCAGGUUCUCCAACAAAAAUUGGUGAAGGGAAACCUGAAAAUCAAAAUCACGCUAUUAUAUUCACUCGUGGAGAGGCCCUGCAGACUAUAGACAUGAACCAGGACAAUUACUUUGAAGAGGCUUUUAAGAUGAGAAAUGUAUUGGAAGAGUUCCCACAUUCCCAUGGUGCACAAAAGCCUACAAUAUUAGGUUUAAGGGAGCAUGUAUUUACGGGAAGUGUUUCAUCACUUGCUUGGUUUAUGUCCAAUCAAGAGUUCAGCUUUGUAACCAUUGGCCAACGCUUUUUGGCAAGUCCUCUAAGGGUGCGAUUCCAUUAUGGUCAUCCUGAUAUAUUUGACAGAAUCUUCCACAUAACAAGGGGUGGGAUAAGCAAAGCAUCAAAAACUAUAAACUUAAGUGAGGACAUAUUCGCAGGGUUCAAUUCAACUCUUCGUCUUGGGUCUGUGACACACCAUGAUUAUGUGCAAGUUGGAAAGGGGCGUGAUGUGGGGAUGAAUCAGAUAUCAAUUUUUGAGGCCAAAGUUGCAAACGGAAAUGGGGAACAAACACUUACUCGUGAUGUCCACCGUCUUGGAUGUCACUUUGACUUCUUCAGAAUGCUAUCAUUCUACUGUACAACAGUUGGCUUCUAUUUUAACAGCCUGGUUACCGUCCUUAUUGUGUAUGUUUUCCUUUACGGCCGUUUGUACAUGGUUAUGACUGGACUGGAAAGAGAGAUUCUAGAGGAUCCACAAAUUAAAAAUAACAAUGCCCUGGAAGCAGCUUUAGUUACACAAUCUUUCAUUCAGAUGGGCAUGUUACUGGUACUGCCCAUGUUAAUGGAGAUUGGCCUAGAGAAAGGGUUCCGCACUGCUUUGGGUGAUUUUUUCAUUAUGCAGCUGCAGCUAUCUUCUGUGUUCUUUACAUUCCAGCUUGGAACAAAGGCACAUUAUUUUGGGAAAACAAUCUUGCAUGGAGGUUCUAAAUAUCGAGCUACUGGGCGUGGUUUUGUUGUUCGACAUUCUAAAUUUGCUGAUAACUACAGGCUUUACUCCCGAAGUCACUUUGUGAAAGCAUUGGAACUGGGUCUACUGCUUGUCAUAUAUGAAGUUUAUGGGGAAUCAUAUCGCAGUUCAAGUCUUUAUUUGUUCAUCACCUUCUCAAUGUGGUUCCUAGUUGGAUCUUGGUUAUUUGCUCCCUUUAUAUUCAACCCAUCUGGUUUCGAGUGGCAAAAAACAGUGAAUGAUUGGACUGAUUGGAAGUGGUGGAUGGGAAUUCGUGGUGGUGUUGGUAUCCAGCCUGAGAACAGUUGGGAGUCAUGGUGGGAUAAAGAACAAGAGCACCUUAGAUACACAAGCAUAAGGGGGAGGGUGCUUGAAAUUCUUCUUGCACUUCGUUUUUUUGUCUACCAGUAUGGAAUAGUCUACCACCUUGAUAUAGCCCAUCACAGCAGGAAUUUGUUGGUUUAUGGACUCUCUUGGUGUGCUGUUCUAGUAAUACUUAUAGUUCCAAAGAUGGUAUCAGUACGUAGACUACAGAUGUUCCAUAUGGACCUCCAGCUGCCACUCAGAAUGCUCAAAGGGCUUCUUUACCUUAUCUUGUUGGCGGUCAUGAUCAUUUUAUUCAAAUUUUGUGGCCUCACUUUGUCAGAUUUAUUCGCAUCUAUCCUUGCCUUCAUGCCCACCGGCUGGGCUUUCAUUCUUGUUGGGCAAGCCUGCAGGCCUUGCCUGCAUAAGCUACUCUGGGAACCAAUAAAGGAGGUGGCCAGAGCAUAUGACUUCAUGAUGGGAUUGUUGUUGUUCACGCCCAUUGCAUUUUUAUCAUGGCUCCCAGCGGUAAACGAAUUCCAAACACGAAUUCUCUUUAAUCAAGCUUUCAGCAGAGGCCUCCAUAUAUCUAUGAUUCUUGCUGGAAAGAAAGAUGGAGGAGCCUCCUUUAAUUAACAUACAUAUACCACUGUACGGUUUUCUUGUCGAGACUUAAGAGUGUUUCAGUGUGCUUAGUCUGUAUUUAUUUUGUUUUGGGAAAAUGCAAGAGCUCUGGCUAGUGGCCUUUAGGUGUUACCUUUCUUCAUCUAUCCUUGACUGUCUGCAUUUCUUUUUCCUUUUCCUUAUGGUGGUUGUCCCUUCCUAAUUGAUGUUUGCCUCUUGGUUUAUGACUUUGUGGGGAAAAAUUGCUCAGAUAUUUGAUUCUCAUUUCCAUUAUAAUAAAUUAAUAUUUAGUA